AAUGGAAUUAAACAAUUCACAUUAAACGAGUAGCACAUGAUUAAGGUCUAAAUAAAAUUCCUUAAUCUCCUCUUAUUUAUUUGUUCUGUCCAACCCCAUUUUUCCCAUCUCAAAUCACAAAUUAGCUACUGAUUUCCCAAGUAUAGUUGUUGAAGCUUUUGAAAUGGGGAAGAACCAAAACAUCAACAAAGAAAGUCAUGAGUCCCAAUCAAGCCAAGGAGUUUGUGAAAAGAUUUUCAAAUUAGCAGUGAAUAUAAGUCCAACUUAUCGAUCAUUUCGCCGCAUUUCUACUGUUAGUACGAAGCCAAAAAUAGAUCAUCAAAGGAAUGAUACAGCUAAUAUUAAAGCUAUCAUAUCUAAACCAGCUGCUAUUGCUGAUCAACUUGAGUUAAAUCGCCAGCAAAUUACAUAUUCUCAAGACAAAUAUCAUCAAAACUUGUCUACCGCCUCCAACAUGGUGUGUGUAGAAUAUAAUCACAUUGCAGGAGACGAUAGCGCAACGAACAAGUUUAAUAAGGCGGCUGAAUCUAUGAAAGCCAUGAACAAGUCCUCUAUAAAUAACAUGAUCACUAUAGUUCAUCAUCAUGAGAUUAAUGAAGGUCCUAAAGAUGAUAAUGACAGGUUUUCUAAUUAUAUUGAUCAUGUCAAAAACAAGAUGAGAAGUAUUUCUAGUUUUGAUGAUGAUAAAGUCACUCACUAUUCCAAGUUCAAGAUUAAUUAGAACUACACACAACUUGCCUGCUGAUGGGGAACAAUUAAGGAGAUGCUUGAACAAUAGUUUGCAAAAUUAUCUGUAUAAUUUUCUAUGCUUUGAUUAAAUAAAGGAAAAAAUUUAUUGGGUGCUAUAUAUAUAUAUCUAUUUUUCUUAUACUUCUUUUUUGUAUUAGAAAAGAUUGAAUCUUGGAAAAAGGAAAGAAGCUUUUUAA